GGGGGAGGAGGGCGUCGUGGUCCCCACGGAGGAACAGGCGGCACCCGCGCCUACCUCGAACGCGGGGAAUACAUAAAGUCCUCUGCCAUGUCGGACACCAGCGAGGCCCCAUCCCUGGCGUCUCACGUUCGCCGGGUGCGCGUACCAUCGCAGGCCUCCGACGUCGAUCAAUAUCUGGACGAUCUCUUCAUCCCCGUGCUGGAUCAUCAGAUCGCCGACGAUCUAUCAGACGCUAGAUCAUUGGCUGCUUCCAUGAAGGGCGGAUCUUUCAAAUCAUCAUCCUGUGAUCGUUACGAUCCGACGGCAUUUGAAAUCGUGAAUUGCGAUCAGAACGAUCUUUUGACCUACGAAAUAUCUGCCUUCAGAGAUCGUGGGUUUGAAACUCGUCUCAGAAGCGAGUCGGCAGAGUCGCUGCUAGCGUCAGCGUUGGAGUCCCUGAGCUUGGGCCCGAUUUGUGGUCUCACCGACGCGCGGGCCUUGGCCCACAGCAUCAAAGGUCUGGUGCUGCCGGGUCUGACCCCCCAGACCCCGGCCGUGGACCCGGCGAACCUGAUGGUGUACCAGCAGAACCUGCAGCGGGCCUACAUCCAGUCCGCCGUGGCCCAGAACAUCCAGAUCCAGCAGCACCUUAUGGCCCAGAACCAGGCGUUACAACAGCUGCUUACUCCGAACUUGCCCCACACUAACUUGGGGGGCUUUAGUGCCCUGGGCGGACUUCUUCCGCUAUCUGGAGGGUUGCCCUUUGCCAUGCAGCCCUCAGCCUACCAAACCUCAGCCCUUUUGCCUGGGUUGAGCCCAGGCAUCAAUUCAACCCUGGGUGGGGCUUUCAACGCCGGGCUUAACCCUCUCGGCGGAGCUGGCAUCUUGGACGCUUCAAGCCUAACAACCACCGUGCAAAGCAAUGUUGUUAAUCAGAACGGCAAUGCAUCCAACGCCCUUUUCAAGCCCAUUCAAGUGAACACUAAACUCAAAAAUAGACUCCCGACCAACAGCCAAUCGAGUUCUGCAAAGGACUCCCAACUCAUCAGUCCUUCCGAUAGCGAAGGACCAGAACGCAACAAGAGCCAAAACUCGGCGCGUCCUACUCCUACCUUGGAGCCAAGUUACCUCGCCAGCGUAGAUCCUAAUUUCCAUAAGAAAAAUAAAAAACUUCGCGUCAACCUCAACUCGUAUUCCGCGAAAAAGAUUUCCAACUCUUCGUCAGAUUCUGGAGGGAACUCGAGCAAGGUGAGUUUCCAGGAACCCGAACGCGCCGACCUCUGGAGCAGCGAGAAGGCGACCGUAGGGAACCACAUGACGUCAUCCGGUUUACACAUGACGUCAUCCGCCCUUCACAUGACGUCACCAGGCAUUCAUAUGACGUCACCAGGCAUCCAUAUGACGUCACCAGGCAUUCAUAUGACGUCAGCCGGGAACCACAUGACGUCAUCAGCCUUCACUCCAGGGGGCGGGGUCACCAUCUCCCCCCCUCCUCCCCUACUCCCCGUCGGGGCCACGUUGCCUGCAGGGUUGAGUUUCUCGAGAGCCGCAGCGGCGUCUUCGCCGCUACACGAGCUGGAGCUUCAAGAGGAGCGACAUCAACGCUACCAACACCAACAACAUCAACAACAUCAACAACAUCAACAGCAUCAACAACAUCAACAGCAACAUCAUACCCCCAGCAACAACCGUGCUAAAGUUCCCUAUGAUCUGCACUCCCCCGGCGCCGCCCCCUCCCUGUCUCCCCCCGCCGCCCCCAAGGAUGCCCCCUCCUACCCUGCGGGCCACGUCCCCCCACCUCCCCCCAUGCCCACACACCUCAACCAGGGGGAGGUAUCCCCAGGGUCCUACAUGGACCCCUACCAGCGCGCCAAGACCGUCAGGAUCGGCAAGUGGCGGUGGCCGCCGCCUAAGGAGGAGCUCGACGCGUCCUUCAUGCACUUCAAGAUGAAGAAUAAGCGAGCCGGGGAGUCCAGGGGUGACGGUCAGCGGAGCGUCAGCCACGACGACAGCGGCCUGAUCGAGUGGGAGGAGUUCGAGGUGGCGGGGGCCCCGGGCCCCAGCAAGGGGGACCCGCGGGCCAACAAGCAGGCCACGCAAGCAGGCGAGUACCAAAACUCUUCGUACAAGUCGCCUGCCGACGAGGCAGACAGCGUACAGCGCGCGUUCGACGCGCCCCUGCGCAACAUCUCCCGCAGCAGCAUCAACAUGACGCGGGCCCAGUCCCAGGCCCAGACUCGGGCCCAGUCCCGUGCUAAGACCUUCGAGGGGCCCGCGGGACGUGACCCUGUAGGGUCCCGCAGACGCCGGGACUCCUGGGACAACCCAAUGCCUGACGAAGGCGACGUGGUCCCGAACGGACACGACGUUUGGGACAAUAGCCUGCAUCAGGACGAGGAAAAAACCGCCGCCGGUAUCGGGAAAUUGAAGAUCUCGCGCGAGAUGAAGGCUAAACUCGAGGCCCUCACCUCGACGCGGCCUAACAGGGCCCAAAAGUCCGGCCUGGGUAUCGGUGGUCCCAGUGGGGACCCAAAGCGUGGGCCCAAGAAGCUAGAGGCCCACCGACGCCUGAUGCUGCAGCAGCAGCUCGCUGGGGACAAGUGGGACACGCUGGACUCCGUCAGGCGGGUCGUGCCCCCGCCCCCCGUGGCCCCACCCGGCAUGGCGGACCCGCGCAGGCCCCCCGGGUCCCCGGCCCCUUCGGUCUCGUCCCUGGGGAGCUCAGCCGCCAUCCCCCAACCCCGCUCCCCACCCCCCUCCAUCCAGCCCGUGGGGGGCUACAGGUCUGCCCCCCACAAGACCCCCAGCUACAGACCAACAGACCGCAACAGCUCAUUCAACGCGCGCGUUGACAAACUUCAACACUUUGAACUUGAGGAGUCGUCAGAGUUCCUGCCGUCCGUGGACCGAGGGGCGCCACCGCCCCCUGGGGCCCGACACGAGGUGCGCGAGGUGACCAGCCUCCUGCUGGCCCCUCCCCCGGGCCCGCACCUCACCUACACCAACGUCCCCUGGCACCUCAACAUACGCAAGGAGGUAUUCUUCCCUGGCGAGACCAUCUCUGGAGACGCCCUACAGCUGGUCUUCUGCCAGGUGGUGGUUGACACCUACAGCGGCUCCAGCUGCAGGCUCCUGCCCCAACACAGAGCAGAGAUGAGAAGGGUACUGGACACCCACGGUAUCACCCCCAACAACUGCCUGUCGGGGCAGCACUCGCUGUCCCUGCGCAACGAGGUCCUCACGCUCGCUAAGACCUGGCCACUCUACUUCUCUGCUCUCUACCCUGUAGCCGGCAGCCGGCGCGCUCCUGAGGGCGAGCUGGUGGCCGUGUCGCACUCAGGGCUGCGCAUGGCGCGUAGGGAGGGAGCGUCCCUAGCGGUCGUCAGCGAGUACAAACUAGAGGACAUAGAGGAGGUGGAGGCCCCGCGCUCAGGCGUGCUCUGCGUGCUCGUGUACAGCGCUGCGCUGAGCGCCAGUGAGCGCCUGGUGCUCUACACCCCGCGCGCUCGUACGCUCGCCGCCAUGAUAGGCCAGUUCGCCGCCGCUGCUCAGCCUCAGGGCUCCCGGUCGUAUGUGCGAGCUCUGGCAGACUACGAGACGAGAGAGAGCAGACUACUGAGCUUCAGCAAAGGCGACAUCAUCAGAGUUACAGACCCUGAGCACUACCAGGACAAAGGGUGGCUGGAGGGGUCCGUUAACGGGCGCACGGGCCUCUUCCCCAUGGAGUACGUCGUCCCCAUCGGCAGGGCCGAGGCGCGGCUGGGGAACAAGGCUGGCGAGACAGAAGAGACAGAGUCUCGCCCGUCAGUCGGCGCCCGUCUAGCGACCGUCAACGGCACCCGUCCAUCUGACAGGGACGGCAGUGGGGAAUCUAAUUCCUCUUGGGGCCUCCACCAGACCACCACAUCGUCCACUGUCCACCACAACAACCACAACCUUCACCACCACCAACAUGAUGAUAGUGGUCACUCUUCGGGUGGUGAAGGUGGCGGUGGUGGUACCAACAUCACCUCUGAUGAUGGCCUGGUCAAAAUGCACCAUAAAGAUGAUGAUAUUAAUUCAUCACAGUUCGCUAAUGAUGGCAAGCAUUCACUGCUUCAGUUUGCGCUGAAAUACUUCAGGGUGGCCAAGGACAUGGUGGCAGCUGAUGGCACGCUGCAGACCAGCAAGGAUAAGAAGAAGAAGAAAGGCAAGGAUAACGCGGCCAACUGGACGUGGAAGGAACAGGUGGAGAUGGUGAAGUUCAGCCAGUCGCCGCUGCGGGCGUCGCUGCUGCCGCUGGAGGAGGACAUCAGCCACGCGGCCGUGGAGGUGUUCUUGUGCGUCAUGAGAUACAUGGGAGACUACCCCAUGGAUGCCGGCAUGUCCGAGGUGCACUGCAUCUACACCAUACUCAUGCACUGCCAUAUGUACGAGGCCCUCAGGGACGAGCUCUACUGCCAGGUGAUGAAGCAAACUACAUCCAACAAGUCCUCCAUCCCUGACUCGUGUCAGCGCGGAUGGCGGCUCUUCUCCAUCAUCGCCGCGUACUUCGUGUGCUCCGACGUACUAAAGCCGUACCUCUUCAAGUACCUCGAGACCAACGCCUACGACAAGCGCCGGGCCUUCCAUGGCACGGCGACGGUGUGUCUGCAGAAUCUACGCAAGACCUUCAAGUACGGCGGGCGCAAGAACGUGCCGAGCAUCGACGAGAUCACCGCGCUCACGGCCGGACGAAACUCUAAGAGGGAAAUAUACCGCCUGCCUGGCGACACCGAGCGUGUUAUUAAUACGCGGAGUACUUCAGUGGUGCAGGAUAUCCUAGAGGAGCUGUGUGCGGAGAUAGGAGUCGUGCAGCCAGAGGAGCAGGAGGAGUUCGGCAUGUACUGCCUGGUGGAGGGCCAGGCCUUCACCAUGCCGCUGGCCAGGGACGAGUAUAUCCUCGACGUUACUACUGAACUUCGUAAAAACAAUCAGGUGUUCUUCCUGAUCUUCUGCCGAUUUCACCUCAUUCUGGACAUCGCGAAGGUAGCGGCGCUGAUGCACCGUGCAGCAGACCUGGACCACGAGCCUACCAUGCGGGAGGUGAAGUACCUGCUACCACGCAAGUCCCUCCUCAUGACCGCGGUCCGGCCCCAGCAGUGGGUCAACCUGGUGCAGGGGUCCUGGCCCGACGCUGCUAAACUCUCCACCUCUCAGGCCAAGGCACAGGUUCUGGGUGAGUUGUUGGGUGAGAGGCCCGGCCUCCCUGCUGUAGCUCUGGAGACGCUUGAACACUACAGUUUGUCGCAAGUGUUCAGCACCAGGAAAGUUAAGAGCGAGGACGGUUUCUUGUACCUGGACAUGAAGUUCGGCAACCUGCUGCACCACCGCAUCUGCCGCAUCCAGACCAUCCAGGCGCACGAGAUCAGCCGCCUCUUCCGGCAGUACAUCAGCACUGAGCAACGCGUCGCGGGGGGCGCUAGGGAUCUGGACGCUCCUAGGGACGUUACCUUGUCCAGAUGAAGUCCAGAUGUGGUCCAGAUGAAGUCCAAAUGUGGUUCAAAUUUGGUCCAGAUGUGGUCCAGACGUGGUCUAGAUGUGGUCUAGAUGUGGUCCAGAUGUGGUCCAGAUGAGGUCCAGAUGUGGUCCAGAUGAAGUUGAUAUGUAGUCCAGAUGUAGUACAGAUGUGGCCUGGAAGGGAGAGAAAUGCUGGCAGUAUCUGAGUACUAGUUAUUUCAGCAGAGUGCAGUGCUGAAUAAACUGUAUUUUCAGCACUGUGCAGUGUCGAAUAAAUAGUGUUUUCAGAACAAUACUGUAAUUUACCGUCUAGAGAUCUUGAUGCGCAGUCCUGACUACAUUUUGUCAAAUUUAGAGAGAUACGAUUGCAAUAUAUAAAUUAAUUUUAUUUCUAUGUAUACAAUACUGUGUAAAGAUUUUGAGGGAAACAAAUGAAUGAGAAUUGUACCUGGUUAUGAAUUGACAACAGCCCUGAAGCCAGUGGUACCCAUUGGACAGCUUCAUGCCAAAUAGUUAAAAGAAAUCCUUGUUCUAUUUUCUCUUUCUUGUGGAUAUAGCAGUGAUUGAUUAUACCGUGAAAUAAAACAAAGCUAAAGAUUGCGAACAAAAAAAAGUCCAAAUGAUAAAGCAACGUCAGGCAAAAUGCUGCUACAUAACCGAUAUGAUGAGACUUAUUUUAUCAGCUUUUGCAGCCAAAUGCAUGUCAAAUAACGAUCAAAUAAAUUAUCAUUUAAAUAAAGAUUUUAACCUAGAGUUUACCGUCUCUAUAGCCUGAUGUCGAGGCCUCGUGUAUAUAAAUAAGUUACUGCUACAUUCGUAGUUCUGUUACACUAGGAAUUACCUUUAACGGAUGAUGACAAUAAGAGAGCAUUGUAGAAGUAGUGCUCUAAUUAAAUGUAUUGCUGACGUGAGAAGCGAUGUCAUGAACUGCUAUUUCUACGCUAAUAUAUUAAUGAAUGAUCGAAUACUCAUUUUUAUCAUAUGUUCCAUUUCUAAAUUAUGCUAAAAUUUCCUUAUUUAUCGAAGUUAAUUGUAUUGUUCGUUAAUUUUUAAUUGUUUUGUAUCAGCGAAAUAUUGAAUAUUGAUAAAGAUCUUAAGAUGAGCAAACGUGCAGCAAUAAAUAAUUCGUUUCUUCUGAUGAUAUAAUGAUCAAUUUACCAUAUAAUGAGCGAUGAACGCAGUGAGUUGCGGGGUCGAUACAAACAGCCAACUGUGAAAAGUCUUGAUCAAAAUCGGCUAGGUGGCUGGACAGUUACGCACAGUGGAUAUUGGAGCCGCUAGUUGCGUGUUCGAGACCCGCAACAAGCUGUAAAAAUUCAGAGCUGAUAUCGCAAUUCUUUAAUAUUAUGUCCGUCCAUUGACAUAACUUACUUCAAUAUAAGCAUAAAAUGGUAAGGAGUUUGAUAAGUGUACUUAUUACAUGUAUUUAAUAGAUGUAAGGGUCUUCAUUGAAUAAUUGUUCGUAUCAGAGGACUCGCUUAGUAUAUUUUUUAGUUUAAACUUUUGAGUUGUACUGUUGGCCACACAUUUGUUGACAAGGUAACGUUUAGCUGUAAGGUUCAGUAGCAAAGUCCCUUACAUUUUGCUCAAUAACUAUGUGCUGAUGCAGAGUUAGAAAUAUACUUUGAAUACGUC